AUGGUCAUUCAAAUUACUGGCCAGGGCGCAAGGCUCGAGCGUGUAGUAGCUGUGAUGAACUAUGGCAAAGUCAAGGCUGUUCACGAAAUAAGGCCUCGGUCUUGUCACCAUCAAUACUUUCUCACACCACAAUCCCUACAAUGCAUCGAUACAAACGCGGUAACAACACCUUGUGUCAGCACGUUCUGGGCUCUCGGGUGGUCGAAAGAAUGUUGUUUCCGGGCCGCAGUCUCCACAAAAACUUUUCCAAUCACCAAUUUCUCCGCUGCCAAGAGGCGAGCCCCCACCCGUCCCUUGCCGGCUCCGCCCACCAUGGACAAAGCUCUACGUUCAGGUUCUUCAGUGGCCCAUUCAGAUAGAAGGAUUGAAGCUGUGCCACCGUUGAGCGGCAAAAGUUAA